AUGGAAGAAGACCCUACUCCGAUACCCUCCGUUGGUUUGAGGAAGCACCUCAUCACGAACGAGGAUGGAGUUAUCACGGGAUCUGUCUGCGCUGAAGACCUUGGUCACACGGAGAGCGGCAUGUUCCUGGACAAGAUCAUCAUGUGCGAGGUGCCCAACCUCAACGUCAAGUUCCCCUCGUCCCUAGCCCCCAACCGCGAGAUCACCGUCAACACUCAGGGCAGCCCGACGUGCUACAACAAGCUCCUGGGGCCGAGGGACUGCAUCAUUUACGAGCACGUGCGCGACAAGAACAAGCCCCCAACGGCGAAAGCCUUCCUCCGAGCAGGGCCUCGACCCGAGCUUCACUUCAACCCCACGGAAGUGCGAGGGGCGAUUGUUACGUGCGGCGGGUUGUGCCCGGGACUCAACAGCGUUGUCCAUCACCUUGUAGAGACGAUGCUGCUCACCUACAAGGCCGACAAGGUGUUCGGCAUCAGGGGCGGCUUCGCCGGGUUCUACGACGAGGCUACUCCUGCGGUGGAGCUAACUAGCGAGGGGGUGGAGUUCCUCCAGCACCAGCCAGGGUCCGUUCUCGGGUCUUCCCGUGGAGGCUUCGACCUCGACAAGAUUAUCAAGUUCCUCGUCGACAACAAGGUGAACCAGCUGUACAUCAUUGGAGGCGACGGAACUCACAGAGGAGCGCUGCGAAUCGCGUCGGAGUGCAUGCAAAGGGGUCUGAACAUCUCGGUGACCGGCAUCCCCAAGACCAUCGACAACGAUCUGGACAUCAUCGACCGCUCCUUCGGUUUUCUCACCGCCGUAGAGUCCGCACAGGCGGCUAUCCAGGCGGCCACAACGGAAGCCAAGUGCAACCUGCCCAACGGCAUUGGCGUCGUCAAGCUCAUGGGACGAUCGGCAGGAUACAUCGCGGCAUACGCCACGAUGGCGUCCGGAGACGUGGACCUGUGCCUCGUGCCGGAGUCGCCUAUCGUUCUCGAGGGACCGAGCGGCUGCAUCCCUCACCUCAUGAAGAGGGUUGAGGAGAAGGGCUACGCCGUCGUGGUUGUGGCCGAAGGGGCCGGGGAGGAGUUGCUAGGGGAGAGCACGGCCAAGGAUGCCAGCGGCAACAAGCGACUGCCGGCGAUCGGCAAGUUCAUGAAGGGGGCCAUCGAGGACGCGUACCACGCUGAGGACAAGAUAUGCAACGUCAAGUACAUCGACCCUUCCUACAUGAUCAGGUCCGUGGCGGCGACGGCUUUCGACCAGAUCUACUGCAUGCAGCUGGCGCAGAACGCGGUGCACGGAGCCAUGGCGGGUUACACCGCCUUCAGCGCGGGAGUGGUCAACAACAGGACGGUGUAUAUCCCCAUCACGGAGCUGGUGGAAAACUCGCCGAGAUGCCUCAACAUGCACGGCCGCACGUGGGAGCGGGUCCUCACCAUCACACGGCAGCCCAACACUAUCGAGAGUCGCGCCGGCAAGUAGUGAUUUGUUUGGGGCAGCCAAUCUUCUUUCUUCCUGUCUCCCACGGCUCGGCACCCAAGUCGGGGCCUCGGUCGAGCCGGGCAAGUGAUUCGCUUGCUUUGGUUUUGUCAUCUCUUCCUCUCACCGUUUCAAAACGAAAAGCAAUGGAGCGUCAUGGAAGGUGACGGAACGUUGGGGAUUGUCAUGGGAAGUGAUGGGCAGGAUAGAACAGAGAGGCAUGGAACGGAACGGAGCGGCAAGGAACGGAACGGAACGCUACUAAACGUUGAGGAACAAUAUGGCACGUCAUGUCAGGUUACGGAAACGUCAUGGAAGAUUGCGGAACGUGAUGGUAGAUUGCGGAAAUGCAUGGAAGGUUACGGAAACGUCAUGGAAGGUUACGGAACGGAACAGGAUACAACAGAAAAGGAAAAAGAACGGAACGGGGAGAACCUCGCCAGAAAACGCUGCGUGCGUAGGUUUUUGGGCAUUUGGUAAGUAGAACUCCUGGCCUUCUUUGCCGUAGAAAGGCCGCUAGACCGUCCCGAUAAGCACAUACGAAAGGGUGCGGCGGGGUGCAAACGCGAGAGGCUCUGUUUGUGACCGUUCUCCGUUGGGUGUGGAAAGAGUGAUCCCGAGGUUAGGACAGAAUCCGGCACCAAGACUUGUGUGUGUUUCACUGCAACGCGGCGUACAGUACAUACAGUACACGGGUGAUGGAGUGGGGUGGGGUGGGGGUCGAAUGCUUGGUUAGAACCAACCGUGCCCUUCUUUUCUUCUCUCU